AUGGGAACGCCGCCGGUACCAGAGCCUGCUUCUCCGCUCACCGACGCGGAACAGAACUCGCAGGAAAUAGAAGGAAAUUCUUCCGAGAUCAAUUCAAAAUUUUCUAAUGAGCGUCUCUUAGAAAGUUCGGCCCGGUUGUCGCUGGCAACGUUUGGCGGAGCGGUCGUUGGUCUCGCUCUGGAACGCCGAAGCGGCACAAGCGGCAAUAGAUCAGGCUUCGCACAGUGGAGGCGACAUGGGCCCCCUUUGCCGCUAAGGAAUGCAAAUUUGCCAAGCUUGACGAAAUCCUGGUCAUUAUCAUGCAUGCUGUUUGCUUUCAUUAUGGAGUCGUGUCGAUUGUCGUCGCCGACGACGGUCUUGUACAACGCGCUAACGAAGAAUGAUUCGGAGAAUCAGGCGACUGACAUCUCAUUCGACGAUCAAGUGCGACAAACCGGGUUUGCUUCACUUGGCGAUUAUACUCUGGGAGGUAUUGUCGCCGGACUCGCAGGCGCCUUGUCCAAACGGAGCCCGCCGGAACUUAGUGCCGAAGCGCGUCUACAACUGCCGUCGACUAUCUUGAAGUCGGGUCGUCGACCAUUGGUAGCAUGGGGACUUACCAUGGGACUCGGUCUUGGUCUUUGGUCCAUCUUUCUGACACCAGCGUGGGUAGUUAUAUCAGCCUGUGCGGAUGUGAGCAUUGCUUGCAUUAAAAAAUGGCGCGUGGGCUACGAGGUUUUUCGAACUUUUCUAACGCUAAAUAUACGAGAGCUCGUAUUCGAAGAGAUCAACGGCUUGCGUCUUCCUGGAUGCUGCGUGACGAAAUUUCGGUCGGACGGCGGAUGUGAACAGUCAAAGAUCGCGGUGGCUUCUGUUUCCUGUACCAUCUGCACCAUGAGCAAUCGCUCUCUUUUUAUUUUCCGGUCUGCUCGACAAUAUCUUGCGAAUACUAACACACGGCAACCGGUGGCACAGGCCGGAGUUCGAUCAUUCGCAACAACUCAACAGGCGAAGACGGAAGGCGUGCCGGACUCGGUUAAGCGGGUUGGCAAAGCCAGUGCCUACCCAAACGAAUACCCAGGUCAAGUGUACGCGUUCAAUUGGUGUCUCAAUGGCGAUGGCGUGACGCCGCUUCGACGAUCGGCCUUUCGUAUUACCAAACCCCUCGAUCUGAAAAUCGCUGGUCUGACGCCACCCAAAAAGAAUCCUCUACAAGUCAAGGCAGCGGACGCGUCCCAAAUUCCUGAAGCGGGCUCCGACAAUCUUACUUUCGAACAAUUUGAUGAAGUUUCCCAACGGACGCGAGAUUUGUUGAGUCUUUCGGACCAUUUGUAUUGUCCAGAAGGACACGUUCCUGGAACCCGCACGAGUGUUCGUGUCAUCACGAACUCGGCAACGUUGGCACCGGAUAUUUUGGCUUAUUUGGACCGCGCACCGCGCAAGGAUCCACCUGAGUCGCUGCCAAUCACUGUAUAUUUAUUGGAAGGGACGGAAGAAGCUUUUGCGGGCUUCGCGAUCGAGGAAAUCGAGGUGCCCAUUCCAGUGAAAGAGGAGGUUCUGUGGACAACCGGAAACGAGUCGGAUCCCGAAACCGAAGCCAAGUCAGUCGCAUCGGUCGUUGUUGUGGGCCAAAAACCUGAUAUUAAAGUAUUGGCAGCGGGUAUCGAAAUGAGCCAGGAGGCGUUAGCUAACGAUGAAAUCGAGCGAGAGGCGAAGAAAGCUGCCGCUGAAAAGGCGAAGGAAGAGUAAAUAUUUUCUUUUACUA